UCUAUCUAUUGUAUUAAUACAUUGAUAUUGUGAUUGUGAUAAAACCGUUUGGUGUAUGAUGAAAUGCACGCGUCGGCGCGCUCUAAAAGGAGGUGGUACGACCAAUGAAAACCUGGUGACUAAAAAGAUCGUAGGCGGAGCUUCGGACUAUACGUAGCCUGUUCAAAGCGUCCUUUCGACAGACGGCGUUUGGCCACCGCCGAGAGGAAAACCUCGGCUUGUGCUGUCUAAAAGUAAAUAAACAAAUACUCUUUAAACCACCCGUGAGCCGCGUCCUUGUCAAUUCGUGGACGCGGUUACAAUCUUGUGAUGUAAGUUUGUGCUAAACCCAACCAUAAUUCAAAAAGAACAUUAAAUAAACUCCUAAAAGUUAAUUAAAAAAAUUAGUGAUAAUUCGCAAUGUUACACAGCGCAUUACCCCGUUCAUUCCUGGCCCCACCGGGGCUGUGUUACCUCGGGGGUUACUACGGCGAGACAGUCCACCCUUACAGUCCAGUGUCGCGAUUUGCUUCCCUGGAGAACAGCUACCUGCCAGAGCACUUGGCAGUGGAGAAUCCCGUUGCAAGACCGAGUUUACCAGCAAGUCCCAGUCCUUUGGACUUGUCGCUCAAGCCUCCAGCGCCUCAAACUCCAGCGACUGACGACAGUGAGACCAUCGAGGUCGACGAUGUCGAGGACCGUCCGUAUCCUUCUUCAGAGGACAGCUACGAGCAGUUGCGCGAGAAGCGGUUCCACGACUGGGAACGGUUCGCAGUUGAUGAUCAACAACAACAACAACAACAACAACAACAACAACGGGCUUAUCAAUUUUACGACGAAUUACGAGCUCGACCGACAAGCCAGGACCCGGUGUACAGUGAAAUUUACCAGAGUCCCAGCUCAAGUCCCAGUCCAAGCCAGAAAUUACUGCUGACCUCGCCAAACACCUUGAGGUCCAUGCAAACUUACCAGCAGCAGCUGCUCCUGACUCCGCAGCAUCACCUCCAGGGAGUUCACGCUCCAAUGACUCCUCCGAGCACUCCCUCACCGCCCCAGUGUCCCAGGAGGCGACCCAGAGAAGACCCUUCUGGGUCGAUUACUACUCCUAAAUCAUCAACAUCAACAUCUUCGGAGAAAAUUUCAAGGCCUAAGAAGAAACACGCUAGGAGAUUGAAGUUUGACGAAGACACCAGCAGUCCAGUUUCUGGGACAGUGAUCCUUGGACCUGAUGAGGCUGUUGUUACUGGAGACAUUGAUCCCGCGUUCAAUGUUGUUGAAGUUACUGAAGAAGCUAGGGCAGAAUUGGCGAAGAUCGAGAACAGGCUGGGGCCGUAUCAAUGCAAAUUGUGCCGACACUUGCAUGAAGACGCGUUCCAGCUGGCUCAGCACAGGUGCUCCAGAAUCGCUCAUGUUGAGUAUAGGUGUCCCGAGUGCGACAAAAGAUUCUCCUGUCCUGCUAAUCUCGCGUCACAUCGCCGCUGGCACAAACCUCGCGCACCUGUUGGUGAUCAUGGGUCUGCUGUUUCUGGGGCUGGAAAUUCAGCGGUUCAGGAAAUCGGCUGCAACAAGUGCGACGCUAAAUUCACAAAGCAGAGCGCUUUGAGGAAACAUUUCGCUGCUCAGCAUCCUGAUAAUAAUAAUGUUUUGAUUGUUAAUAAUAGGAAUAGUAAUAGUAUUGAUAAUGGUAGUAAUGGUAAUUUUGGUAAUAAUAUUGUUAGCAGUAGUAAUAGUAAUAGUAGUAGUAGUAGUAGUAGUAAUGAAAAUGUUUGUAUGGAAACUGGAACCGCGUUGGCGUCGAAAUCACUCGCAGUGAUGCAGCUUGCCAGCGGGCCUCUUUCCAACGAGAUGCCAUGACACCACCAGUUCCCGGCGAGACCUCUACCCAGGCGACCUAGUCUCUACUGGAGAUUCGGACUCGAUCUCAUGUGAAUUUUUAGCUUUGUCAAUAUUUUUGCUUUCGAUUUACGUGAGUGUACAAUCAAAAUAUUAUCUCCUUUUUUUGGGUUAUUUUUUUUUUUUUAUGUCCGAGCCAUUUAAUAAUUGAUUUUUAAAUUAUUGUUUGAAUAUU